AUGCCAUUAGAGUUGUCUUUAGAUAAUGAAGCAGAUGACUCGGAUGCUGAGUUCGUCGAAAUUGAUCCCUCCGGUCGUUAUGGGCGUUACAAUGAAGUGCUAGGGAAAGGUGCUUGCAAAAAUAUAUACAGAGCAUUUGAUGAAUUGGAAGGAAUUGAAGUAGCUUGGAACCAAAUAAAGGUUUCUGAUUUUGUGAGGAACCCUGAAGAGUUGGAGCAUUUAUACUCCGAAGUUCAUUUGCUCAAAACACUUAAGCACAAGAACAUUAACAAGUUCUACAACUCUUGGUUUGAUACGAAGAAUGAGCAUAUCAACAUCAUCACCGAGAUUUUUACAUCCGGGACAUUACGACAGUACCGCAAGAAGCAUACACAUGUGGAUUUGAGAGUAUUGAAGAAUUGGUCCAAACAAAUACUAGAAGGACUAGUGUAUCUUCAUAGUCACAACCCUCCAAUAAUUCAUCGUGACCUUAAGUGUGAAAACAUUUUUGUUAAUGGAAAUCAAGGAGAGGUAAAGAUAGGUGAUGUUGGACUAGCUGUGAUUCUUCGCCAAGCUCAUUCUGCUUACAGUGUGAUUGGAACUCUGGAGUUUAUGGCACCAGAGCUUUAUGAAAAGGAUUACAACGAACUGGUAGAUAUAUAUGCGUUUGGGAUGUGCCUACUUGAAUUGGUGACUUUUGAGUAUCCAUAUGUUGAAUGCGCCAAUGCUGCUGAAAUAUAUAGGAAAGUGACAUCAGUGUCAUCAAUUAGUUCAUCAAUGAAUUACGGGUCUGAUAGAGCUCAUUUUUUAAGUUUGCAUAGCUUGAAACUAGAUAACUUAAUUACUGUUUACCUUACGCAUCCGUUGGGCACUGCCAUUGAGUUGAAAGAUUGUUAA